AUGUGUUACUAUGGCAGAUACUAUGGAGGCCUGGGCUAUGGCUAUGGUGGCCUAGGCUGUGGCUAUGGCUGUGGCUAUGGCUGUGGCUAUGGCUGUGGCUAUGGCUGUGGCUAUGGCUGUGGCUAUGGAGGCUAUGGUGGCUAUGGUUUUGGCUGCUGCUGCCGCCCACUGUACUGCAGAAGGUAUUGGUCCUGUGGCUUCUACUGA